CAGGAACCUGGGCUUUCAACAUAUUUCCAGUCCAGCAACUGGAGCACAUCUGUGAAAAUUGCCCUAUUUGAGUAAUGUUUAAUCUUAUGAGUCAUCAACCUGCCCCUUCUUACACCUCUUUCUAAGAAAAAAUAUGAGCUCAUUGUGGUGAAUUUGCCCUCUUUAUUCUCUAAGAUAUGCCUGUUGUUUUCUAAGAAUUUGUUUUCUUUCUCACCUGUCUAUUUAUAGAGGGGAUGAAGUGGCUGCUAUAGGUUUUUUUUUUUUUUUUUGGAUAAAUUGUCACAUCCAUUUCCUUCUCUGUGAGCAGGAUUUCCAUUUUCCAAGCCUGAUGGGAUCUCCCAGCUAGAACAAGAUCCUCAGGUCUUUGAUGUGGAAACUAAGACUAGAGAAGUCUUAAGAGAUGACUGCACAGAUGGAGACACCAGAGAAGAGAACAAGCUGUUGAUUCCUAAGCAGAACAUUUCAGAAGAUGUACAUUCAUACAAAAUGAGAGUAGGAAGACUCAAAAAGGAUAUUGCCAAAGUUCCAGACACUAGAGAAGUAUAUAAAUCUGAGGAUAGAUUAGAAAGGCUUCAGGAAAUCCUAAGGAAAUUUCUCUUCCUAGAGAGAGAGUUUAGGCAAAUAACAAUCAGCAAGAAAUCCUUCACCAGCGAGAAAAACACUGAAUACAGUGAACCAGAAAAGAGCUUUAGUCUGGAGUCUACCUUUGACACUGAUCAAAGAGUUCUUAAAAUACAGAAUAUUGAUGAUGGUGAUAAAUAUGAUAUGAACCUCAGCCAGAAUUCAGCUUCUGAUAAAUAUGAACAAAUGAAUCUCACACAGGAUUUUCAGAGUAGUGACUACACGGAAAGUUUAAUGGACCUCUCCCCCCAGAGUAAGUGUGAGAGCAUUCCUACCCCCGAGAAAGCCUAUAAAUGUGAUGCCUGUGAGAAAACCUUCCAUCAGAGCUCUGCCCUUUCCAGACAUCAGCGAAUUCAUACGCGGGAGAAACCCUACAAAUGUAAGGAAUGUGAAAAAUCUUUCAGUCAGAGCUCAAGUCUUAGUCGACAUAAAAGAAUACACUCGAGAGAAAAGCCCUAUAAAUGUGAAGCAUCGGAGAAAUCCUGUGAAGCAUCUGAGAAAUCUUGUAGCCAGAGUUUGGAUGUAAGUCAGCACAAGAGGAUUCACACUAGAGCAAAGUCCUACAAAUGUAACAGUUGUGAAAGAGUCUUCAGCCGUAGUGUCCACCUCGCUCAGCAUCAGAGAGUUCACAGAGAGAUGCCUUGUAAGUGUAAUAUAUGUGGCAUUGACUUUUAUCAUACCUCAUACUUGAUUGAACAUCAAAAAGUCCACUGUGAAGACAAAUCCUUUGACUACAAUGAUUGUGGGCUGACCUUUGCCAAGCAACAAGGGAUUCGUCUCCGAGAAAAGCCGUAUACGUGUAAUGAGUGUGGGAAAGACUUCCGAUUGAAUUCCCAUCUUAUUCAGCAUCAAAGAAUUCACGCUGGAGAGAAACCACACGAAUGCAGUGAAUGUGGGAAAGCUUUCAGCCAAAUCUCAUGCCUUAUUCAGCAUCACAAAGUCCACAGGAAAGAGACACCCUAUGAGUAUAAAGAUUAUGAGGAUAGUUUCAAUCACAGCUCAGAUCUGGUCCUGCAACAAGAAGUGCUCAACAGGGAAAACGCCUUUGAUUGUGAUGUGUGGGAAAACAGCCUCAGUCAGCAAGCACACCUUGUUCAGCAUCAAAGAAUUCAUACCAAAGAGAAACCUUACGAAUUCAGUGAACAUGAAAAGACAUUUAGUCAAAUGCAGGCCUCGUUCAACAUCUGAGAGUUCACAGCAGGGACAACAUCUUGUCUAUAACUGAAUGUGGCAACAUUGUUAGUCUUAAGUCAACUUGAGUUAGCAUCAGAAAAUCCACACCAUAAUAAAACCCUCAGAAUGUGAGGAAUGCAGGAAAGCUAUACUCUUGACACUUGCAAAACCAAACCAAUGAGAUGAAUAUAUAUUUAUUGAAUGUGGUAUAUAUUUAAUGCUAUUUUCAUACCUCAGUCAUCAUUGGGGAACUCAUACUGGAGUACAGACCCAUCACUAUAAAUGUGAAAAUGCCACCAGUCAAAGAAACUUGUUCUUCAUAUUAUUCCAUGCAAAAAAGCCUGUGAAUGUAAAUGUGUGCGUCUGAGGGAAAAUUCCAUUAUUUUCCAACUUUCAAUAUCAGAAUCCAUAGCCAAGAGAAGUCAUUUGAAUGUACAUCUGACAUAGCCCUUCAGUAGGAUUUCGUCGAUUUUCAACAUCAGAAUUUCCACACCAGACCAGAUCUGAUAGAAUACAAGUGGGAAAACUUUCUGUCAUAUUUCAGCCUUUACUUGACAUUCAAAUACCGGAGAGAAAAUUGUUGAUUAUUUGUGUAUGAAGUCAUUAAUAUAUAGUCAUUGUUUUCAUUGCAGAAGAAUCAAGUCUGAGCAUUGACUUGUGAAUACAUUGUUUAGUCAUGAUGUUCUUUUAUUUAAUAGGUGUUGUAAGUAAGUAUGUAGACUUUAUUUAUGGAGCCUCACUUAAGCUAUUUUUAUUUGAAUAUGGCCUAUAAACAUUUUAAUUUUAUCCUGAAAUUGGUUUACUGUCCACAGCCUAGCGCUAAUGCACUGAUGUUAAAAUAUAACUUCUAGAAGUUAACACUUAGCUUUUUCUGCUGUUCUUAGUCCAAAUUCUCUCCCAGACAGACUUGUAGAUCUGUUUUUCUGGCGACCCUACUGCCUAUUCCUUGCCAGCUGCUGCAUUUGGAUUCCUGUUGAUGUCUCCAUUCUCUUAAGCACCUUUAAGCGAGGCUUUCCUAGUUAUAAGCUUUACACCAGUAGCAAUGCUGUCUCUGUUGAAGAUGUUAUUCUGGUGUCUUCUUUCCUAAAGCAGAACAUUUUUCUAUGAAAAGAAUUGGAUUUUUGCAUUCUGUCCAUCUAUGAGUAUUGUAUCUCCUCUGAGUUUGUGGCGGGCACCAAAGCAUUUUCAAACGAAGCCCUUGUACUUAGCUGCUUUGUCCUCUGUCUCCAGUUCUAUGACCGACGUGACCAGAGCAUCAGGGAGCCCACGACUCCUGAUUUCCUAGUUACACUCCGCACUUCUUCUGCAUGUCUUAAGUGUAGAGUUAUUUUUAUGUAGUUUCACUGAAAGUCAGCAAAAUAGCUUAGGUCUGCUUUUGACAGCAAAAUGAACAUAAAGGUAAAAGUGAGUGCUUCCUAAGGGAGGGAUACCUUCUAAAACACGGUCCUGUUCUUCUGUAGUAUCUCUGGAGGGAGUAUUUGAAGAGAAUGACAGGUCUCUGCCU